AUGGAGGCGAGGCGGACAAAAUGGUCCCGCAGAUCUCAUCGGAAAUCCCGUAACGGAUGUGGAAAUUGUAAACGGCGCAAAAUCAAAAUUGCCCCAUCCGAAACAGCGUCCACAGGCUCAACAGGAACUCCUGUUUCGUGUUCAACACUAGUAGCACGCGCGGCACCCUCACCUUAUAGUAGCAUUACCUUUAUAUCAUCCUCCAAGACGGACUUUAAAUUGCCGAAAAGAAGAUAUCAGCGGCGACCAGCUACCGCUAGGGAGACAGCCAACGCUGACUUGGCGUUGGCUGAGGUUCUUCCUACCCCUACUAAUUCUCAAUUGCAGCUCAAUACGACUGAUCUAGAGCUACUCCAUCAUUAUUUGUCGGUUACCGUGAUAGCCCUAGCCGAUGAUGACGAGGGACUGCAUUUACUCCAGGUAGCUCUUCCGCAAGUAGGGUUUCGCUUUCAGUAUAUCUUACAUCUGCUUCUGGCUUUUGCGAGCUACCACAUGGCUCGGUCGUCGAGUAUGAGUGCAUCACAUGGGCGGUACUUAGAAGGCGACUGUCAUUACAACACUGCACUCUCCCAAGUGAGCUCCUUGAUAGCUGAACUGAAUGAAAGUACAUGUCAGGCGGUGUAUGGCAGCUCGGUAUUGAUAUGUUUAUGCUCUUUAGCAAAAGGGCCUCGAGAUGGGGAAUAUCUUGCCUUCAGUGAUUCCGACCGUGCAGAAUGGCUCACACUACUGCGAGGAAUCCGAUCUAUAACUGAAGUGUCGCGAGACGUGUUCUAUAUAGAUCCAGUCUCCAGCCCUGGGUCGGAAACUAGAGAGAGAUUACUCCAAGACGAACCGCAGUUACGUCACGAAAACACCUGGCCUGAAUGGAAAGGGAGGCUCAAGGAGUGUGAGCAAUUGAUUGAGACGGAAUAUACUGCUGGUGGUGGUAUUCAGCAUGCCGUUUACGUACACGUUCUCACUUGUCUGACAAACGCCUUCCAUCAUGUUUACGGAAAGAUAGAUAACAGCAGGGGCGAGCGAUGUGCCAAAACAUUCCAGUGGCUUUAUCAACUGCCGGAUGAGUUUGUGUUUGAUCUUCAACAACGAAAAUGGCCUGCCUUGCUUCUGCUAUCCCACUUCCUCGUUUUGCUGCAACAGUUGAAUUCUUACUGGUUUGUAAAGGGUUGGCCUGAACAUGUAAUGGGCGAAAUCUACCGGUCCUUCAAUGAGCAACAACGGGUCUGGCUGCAGUGGCCAGCCAACCAGAUUGGAUGGUAUCCGCCAAGUGCGGUGGACGAUGCUUAG